AUGGAAUGGCUAAGUUCCAGAGUUUUAAAGGCAUUUUGGAGACCUUCUGUAAAUAUUGUCAGGACACGUUAUCAUGCUGAGAAACAGCAGCUAGUCAGAAGAUAUGGGUAUGAAGAAAAGAUAUGGUGUGGUGGAUUAUUACCCAGAUCUAAUGGACGUUGUUUACCAAUGCCAGAGUACAGACCUGCAAACCCCUGGACACAGAAAAAAGCAUUGUAUGGACAGAAUGAUUACAUAGAUAUUUUGGGAAAUAAAGGUUUACAUCCUGUUAAAACAUUGUAUACAAUUCCUACAUGGAUAAAAGGUGUCAGUGGGAAUGAAUACCAGGUUAUGCUACGUAAGAAAAAAAUGCUUGCAACAACUUCUUAUCCUAAAGUGAGGCCUACCAAAUGGAAGGAUUUAGAAAAACGUUUAAAAUACCUAUACAGAAGACUUAACCAAAAAACAAAAACUGGAAUGUCUAGAGAUUAG